GUGGGCUUGGCGUACAUGUUUCUGGGUGUUUCCAUCAUUGCCGACCGCUUUAUGGCAUCCAUCGAGGUCAUCACAUCCCAGGAGCGACAGAUCACUGUAAAAAAAGCCAACGGGACGAAGUUCACAACCACCGUGCGCAUCUGGAACGAGACCGUGUCUAACCUGACUCUCAUGGCGCUGGGUUCAUCCGCUCCGGAAAUCCUGCUCUCUGUCGUCGAGAUUUGCGGUCAUAACUUUGACGCCGGCGAACUGGGGCCCAACACCAUCGUGGGAAGCGCCGCCUUUAACAUGUUCGUCAUCAUCGGCCUUUGCGUUUAUGUCAUUCCCGACGGAGAGACCCGCAGGGUCAAGCACCUCCGAGUGUUUUUCGUCACGGCCACCUGGAGCGUCUUUGCCUACACAUGGCUCUACCUCAUCCUGGCCUACUUCUCUCCGGGCAUCGUGGAGAUUUGGGAGGGGCUCCUGACCCUCUUCUUCUUUCCCGUUUGUGUCAGCUUUGCGUACGUGGCUGACCGGCGCCUCCUGUUCUACAAGUACGUGUACAAGCGUUACCGAGCUGGAAAGCGCAGAGGGGUGAUCAUCGAAACCGAGGGUGAGCCGGAGCUUCCCUCCAAAGCCAACGUCAAAAAGCCGGCCUGCGACAGGGAGCCGUUUGAUGCCGAGCUGGGCGUUGAGGUGCCAGCGGAAGACGGCCAGGCGGGGAUGGCGAAGGAGUUGAAACUGAAGUAUCCCGAUAAGGAGACGCAGCAGCUAAUGAAGCUAGCCACCUGCCGCGGUUUAACACAGCAGGAGAAGAGUUGUGCGUUCUACUUCUGCCAUGCCUCGCAGAUCACGACAGGGACCGACAACAUCCCGAAAAAGGAGUCGGCCGCCGACCUGAACCAGAGAGUCACUCGGUGCGACUUAACAUCUCAGAUGUCAGAAAAUGACCGGUCCGCUAAGGUGUUCUUCCAGCCAGCGGUCUACCAGUGCUUAGAGAACUGCGCCAGCGUUGCGCUGAAUUUGUGUCGAGGAGGAAAUCUGAGCACAACCGUUGCUGUCGACUUUCAGACGCAAGAUGGCACCGCUAAAGCUGGUUCAGACUUUGGCUUCACAAAGGGAACGGUAGUGUUCAGAGCCGGCGAGACACAAAAGGAAAUCCGUAUCAACAUCAUCGACGAUGACAUCUUUGAGGAGGAGGAGCACUUCCUGGUCCACUUGAGCGGCGUGAGGGUCCUGUCCGCCGCCAGCGGAGCGGCGACGGACAGCGACAGCCCAGCGGGUUUGGGUUUGCUCUGCACAGCCACAGUCACCAUCUUUGACGACGACCACGCGGGCAUCUUCACCUUCGAGGAGCCCACGGUGACCGUGAGUGAGAGCGUCGGCGUGAUGGAAGUCAGAGUGGUCCGGACCGCGGGGGCUCGGGGAGCUGUGGCCGUGCCGUACAGAACCAUCGAGGGGACCGCCAAAGGUGGCGGUGAAGACUUUGAAGACACUCACGGUGUCCUGGAGUUUGACAACGAUGAGAUCUGUAAAACGCUGCAAAUCAACAUCAUCGAUGACGAAAAGUACGAGAAGAACAAAAGUUUUUGGGUGCAGAUGGACGAGCCGCGACUUCUGGAGAUGAGCCAAAGGAAAGCUGUCCUGCUUCGAGAAGUUGGUAAUUUUGUUUUGACAGACAAGCAAUUGUUCGGUAAGAGCGCUUUCCAUCGGACAGGCAAAGACGUCUACAGAAAGCUACAACCGCAAGAACAACCGAACCCCUCUUCCAUUGUUAGCAUCUCAGAGGGAGCUGAGGACUUGGGGACAAAGGAGGAAGAGGAGCGGCGCGUCGCACGGAUGGGUCGACCGAUGUUGGGCGAACACGUCAAACUGGAAGUCGUCAUUGAGGAGUCGUACGAGUUUAAGAGCGCAGUGGACAAGGUGCUGAAGAAGACGAGACUGGCCGUGCUGGUGGAAACGACGUCGUGGCGAGAACAAUUUGUGGAGGCCAUCACAGUCAGCGGUGGCGACAACGACGACAGCGGCAGUGGAGGUGGAAAGAAGCUGCCCUCCGCUCUGGACUACGUCCUGCAUUUCCUGACCGUCUUCUGGAAGCUUCUGUUCGUGUUGGUCCCACCCACUGACUACUGGAACGGCUGGGCGUGCUUCGUGGUCUCGAUCGUGGUUAUCGGCAUCCUGACGGCGGUCAUCGGGGACCUGGCAUCGCACUUCGGCUGCACGGUGGGUCUGAAGGACUCGGUCACAGCUGUGGUGUUUGUUGCACUGGGCACAUCAGUACCUGAUACCUUCGCUAGCAAGGCGGCGGCCAGCCAGGACCAGUACGCCGACGCCUCUAUCGGCAACGUGACAGGAAGCAAUGCCGUCAACGUGUUCCUGGGCAUCGGUGUGGCCUGGUCCAUCGCUGCCAUUUACCACUACUCCAAAAACCAGGUGUUCAGGGUGGACCCGGGAACGCUAGCUUUCUCAGUCACCCUCUUCACCAUCUUCGCCUUCAUCUGCAUCGCCGUCCUCAUGUACCGGCGCCGACCCGAGAUCGGUGGAGAACUGGGCGGACCGCCGCUCGCUAAGACGGUGACUGCCGGCUUGUUCUUCAGCCUGUGGUUGAUGUACAUCUUCCUGUCCUCGCUCGAGGCCUACUGCCACAUCCGCGGCUUCUGA